GUGUCCUUUGCGGGAUUAGCAAAUAACUGAAUUCAUUAGGAAGACAAGUGCGUUGAUUGCUUCACUUGAUUAUGAAUGAUUACAUGAACAAAACUAACUAAGCACGUUUAUACUCCUGCUGAAUCAGUUUGAUACUUCUGAAAAGGCACCCUGUGUUUGACACUCAUUGCAGUGAGAUGUUGACAGCAUAAAUAGUGGAGUUGAAUCACGUGGUUGGAGAAACUAUUGCUUUGAAAUACAAUGCCCAUUUCAGCUUUGAAUAACAGCACUAUUAGUUUAAUAACAUCGUUUCAAAUAAUAACGUCCGUUUAUAGUGUUGUUAAGGAGUUGGUAGAAAAUUCUUUGGAUGCUAAUGCUAAGAGUGUAGAGGUUAAUCUGUUGGAUAAUGGAUUGUCUUCGAUUGAGGUACGGGAUGAUGGAGAUGGUAUUUCUAAAAGCGAUAUACCACAUAUGGCAUUGUCAUCUUAUACUUCCAAAAUAUCAGAAUUUUGUGAUUUAGAGUCAUUGGAAACCUAUGGAUUUCGUGGAGAAGCUUUACAUGCAUUGUGUCAUGUUGCUGAUGUCAGUAUUAUUACAAAAACACAUAGUGAUGAAGCAGCAAUGUCUUAUACUAUUAAUCAUGAUGGGAAUAUUGUGAACACAGAAUUGUCUCAUCGAUCUACUGGAACAACUGUAAAAGUGAAGCAGUUAUUUAAGAAUUUCCCAGUAAGGAGGCAAGCUAUAUGUAGUACAAGGAAAUCAAAUCAGGAUGUAAAGCUUGUGGAAUUCUUAUUAAAAUGUUAUGGCAUUUGUCAACCUGGAGUCAGAAUAAAUUAUAGGGUAAAUAAUAAUACCAUUUUUAUGAAGCCUAGUCUCUCCAACUCAAAAGAGGCUUUACAACAUAUUCUUGGAAAAAAAGUUGUUUCAAAUUUGGAAUUGCUUGAGAUAAAAAACCCUGAGGUAAAGAUAGAAUUAAUGCUUCCAAAAAGUGAUAUCAACGAUUUAUCACAAAUUUGUCAGAUGGGUCAACAAUAUAUUUUUGUGAAUAACCGACCUGUCAAAUACAAAGAAUUGGAAAAGGUUAUGGGCGACAAGAUAUCUGAGCACUUUGAGGAUAAAAUCCCACCAAAAAAAAAACCUAUAUUUUUUCUAAGUAUCACUGUUCCUCCUUCUGAGUUAGAUGUAAACCUUGAACCAAACAAAACUGCAGUCCUUUUGAAGAAUCAGAAAGAUAUUUUACAAAAUCUAAGUGACAUCAUAAUAAAGUACUAUUGUCUACCACCAUUCUUAGAAAAUACAGAGGAAGGAAGUGUACAUGAUCAAUCAACAGGCUAUAGUGAUUAUACGCAAAGUACUAAGGAAAGAGAACAAGAAAAGGAAUGGCCAGCAUGUAAAAGACGUAGAAUUGAACCGGACAAGACGAUGGUUGUUGACAAUUGUCCUGGAAAAGUCGGAGACGACAGUUCCAACCCAGAAAUUCAAAGGACGAAGAGCAAUAAUAAAAAUGUACAAUGUAACAAUGCGAAAUCGGGUGACAAUGUGACUAGAUUGGCGGAGCUGAAUUUGAGUGAACCGGAUUCAAAUGACGACGAGCAUUUUAGAGCUUUUAAAAUCAAAUCCAAUAUAUCUUUCGAACUAAAGGACUUACAAGUAGAUUCAGAACCUUUUGAAUUUCAUCCAGAUAAAAAAAAAUUCUUAGACAAUGGCAAUGAAGAUGAAACCCUGAGUCAAUUACCAAUAGUUGAUUUGGGUGAUGAUUUUGAUAUUGAAGAGAUUAUAAAUGAAACGACGUCAAACGAUAGAGCAGAUAAUAAUCAACCUUUGACCGACAUUAUAAAUAAAAUGGACAAUGUACGUCCAGCACAAAAAGACAUUUUCUUGGAAAUGUGGAGCAAGGGUCAAGUACUUGGUAUUACAGGAGGAACCAAUGUGAAGAAUUACAACAAUAUAUCCAGUAAGAGUCCAUCGAGUAAUUCGCAAUCUCUGAAUGAUUCGAUAUCGGAUAGCAGCUCUAGUAGAGGAUUCAUAAAGUUUUCCAGAGAGAUCAGACCGCAAAUAAUAAGAGAGAAUCCUGAGAUUACUCUAUCAGACGUAGCUAAACUGUUAAGCAAACGCUGGAAAGAAUUAUCCCCAGAAGAGCGUGGCUAUUACCGGGACUUAGCAGUUGACGAGAAGAAGCGUCAAGAUGCUGAGAAAGCCGAGAAAAAGGAGAAGCACGAUAUAAAGGAGUCUGUAAAGAAUAAGAAAAGACUGAUGCAAAUGUUUGAGAAAAUGAAGACCUUGAAACCAGAAGCUAAGAAAGGAGACAUGAUGAUCCGAACUGCUGUACCAUGGGAUAUGAAUAUAAAUAAAGUGUCCAAAAGUUUUUGUAAUCAAAAAGAAUACAAGAACAGUAGUUCCAUUGUCGGACCUUUGAACUCAAAUAUAUGGGCAGUCCGACUUGGUACACAAAUUUGGGCACUGAAUACAUUAAAACUUAAACAAAAUUUAAACCUAUCUCCAUCCGAUAACCCAGAGUUGAAUGCAGAGCUCCUGGAGAAGCUGCUGAAGAGAUGGCUCACUGAACGCGAGGAUAUGUCUAUAAUGCAUCCAAUUUAUGAGUUCAAAUAAUAUUAGAAUUUAACCAAAUAGUGUAUUCUUCGUGACGGCCUUUAUUUCAGGAUGUCAUUAAUUAUUAAUUAUAAUUUAAGAACGAAAGAUUUCGAUAGACUAUUUGAUAUUCAAAAUUUAACUAUCAUCAUUACAAGGUCACUUCGUUAAAGCAAUGUGUCACAUCUGGUAGUGGAUGAUACUUGCAUUUUCGCUCCCAACCGUGCCAGGCAUUAAAUCCAUGCCUAGGAUAAAUCAUCUCUAGACAGCAUUUACUAUCAUCAGUGAUAUCAUCAUCAAUCAGAUCUAGAAGUAUGUGUAAAUUAAAUCCGGGAUUAUCAAGUUUAA